UUCGCUCGAGCCAAUCACGCGGAGGAUGUGAAGCAGAGGGCGGAACGCACGCGCCACACUUCCUCGCAUAAAUAAAGGAAAAAACGUGCGGCAAAUUCAUCGCGUACCGUUGCACGUUGAGACUUUCUUGAAAGACGUCAGAAAGCCAACAUGAGUGACAAGAAGGCUGUGAUAAAGAAUGCAGACAUGUCUGAUGAAAUGCAGCAGGAUGCAGUGGACUGUGCCAUGCAGGCUAUGGAAAAGUACAACAUUGAGAAGGAUAUUGCCGCUUAUGUCAAAAAGGAGUUUGACAAGAAGUACAACCCCACCUGGCAUUGCAUUGUUGGGAGGAACUUUGGCAGCUACGUGACACAUGAGACGAAGCAUUUCAUCUACUUCUACCUGGGUCAAGUGGCUAUUCUGCUCUUCAAGUCUGGCUGAAACAUGCCCGCUUAAACUGAGUCCUCAGCCCUUCUCCCAUUUGCUACAUGACUACCUCCUGAUUUCCUAUUGGCUUCAGCCUUUUUUGGGGUUUUUCUUUUUUUUGGGUGCCUCCUGCAACACUACUACCAAGCGUGGAUGGUGCUUUGAGCUUGUGUAAUGCCUGAACUGGUGAUGUCAUUCAUAGAAAAUACCAGUAUAAAUUUACUUGACGUGACGGCACUCAGUCAGCCUCUGCACAUCUAACUCAUCUUUGCUCAUGAUUUUUCAGUAAUUUGCUGUGCAGUGGUGCAUGGACUUGUACAUUAUUUUGCGAUUUAAUUUGCUUUCAAUGAAGCAACAGUUUUUUUUUUUUUUUUUUUUGUGUUCUAUGUUAAUUUUCUGUGAAAUCAUGCUGACACUGUUGCUCGCACAAAAUAAAGGAUGUAACAUGCUGAGAGAUUUUAGGGGAUUUGUACAUGCUUGAACAUUCCUGUUGAUUAUUUACACUGUUACUGUAGAUCUGUUGAAUGUAAUUCAGUGAGCAGUUUGAUAUUUUCAUCAUGUUGAGAGAAAAAAAACUUGGAGAUAGUAAAUUGGUUCAAAAUGUG